AUCAUUUUUCUCACAAAAAUGAGGAUAGUGGCUUCAUGGUUCUUCUUCAUUCUAUAUGUUGCAAUUUUCUUUACCCUCGCUGCACUUUCCGUUUCUGGUGAAUGUCAAAGCGAUCAGCAAGAGUUCCUGCUGGGAUUGAAAAAUAGCCUCAAUUCUUCUUUAUCUGUAAAGUUGGUGAAGUGGAAUCAAGGCACGGAUUGCUGUUCUUGGGAUGGUAUAACCUGCGAUGCGAGUGGUCGGGUUAUCGAACUUGACUUGAGCAACCAGUCGAUCUCCGGAGAAAUCAACAAUUCCAAUAGUCUUUUCCGUCUUCAGCAUCUUCAGCAACUUAAUUUGGCUUAUAACGGAUUCUUAUCCGAGUUCCCUUCAGGGUUUGAAAAUUUGACAAAGUUGAGUUAUCUUAAUUUGUCAAAUGCAGGCUUCACUGGGCAAAUUCCGAUUGGGAUUUCACACAUGACCAAGUUGGUUACUCUCGACUUAUCUCAGGAAUUUUUACUUCUUACACUAGGACGACCACUCUUGAAACUGGAGAAGCCAAAUUUGAAGACGCUCGUUCAAAAGCUCACGGGGCUAAAGAAUCUCUAUCUUGAUGACAUUAAUAUAUCAGCAAACGGAAAAGAGUGGAGCCAAGCUUUAUCAUCUUCUCUGCCUAAUCUGCAAAUGCUGAGCAUGAGACGUUGUUAUCUUUCAGGACCUAUUAGUCCUUCACUUGUCAAGCUUAAGUCUCUUUCAAUAAUUCGUUUGGACUACAACAAUUUCUCCGGUCCAUUUCCAGAAUUCUUGGCAGUAUUUCAGAAUCUGACUUCCUUGCAUCUUGCUGCCAAUAACUUCAGUGGAAGAGUACCAGAAGAAAUCCUUCAAUCACCGAAGUUACAGACUCUUGAUUUGUCUUUCAACGAAUUUCUUCAAGGUUCUUUUCAGAAAUUUCCUCCAAAUGCAUCUCUUCAGUCACUAGUAGUUAGUGACACAGAUUUUGGGGGACAAUUACCAGAAUCUAUCGGCAACCUUGGGAAAUUGACAAGGAUAGAGUUGUCCAAUUGCAAGUUCACCGGUCCAAUACCUAAAACACUGGAGAAACUUACACAGCUGGUCCAUCUGGAUUUUUCUUCCAAUAAUUUCUCUGGUCCAGUUCCUUCAUUCACGUCAUUAAGGAACCUUACAGAGCUAAUCCUUUCCGGCAAUCAAUUAAAUGGCUCCAUUCUUUCCACCAACUGGUCGAGCCUUCUGUUUCUCGAACGACUUAACUUACGACGAAACUCUUUCAGUGGAACCGUCCCACCAACUCUGUUUCAGAGUCAAUCCUUGAAGGUGAUGGACCUUGCAGAAAAUCAGUUCAGUGGUGGAUUCAAUGAGGUCAAAGGUGAGCUUUCUUCGCUGCUUAAAGUCAUUGAUCUGAGUCACAAUGGGUUACAGGGGGAAUUUCCGAUGUUUUUAUUUGAAAUCCAAGGUCUAGUGCACCUGUCACUUUCUUGGAACAAGUUCAGCGGCUUAAUACAACUAAGUGCAUUUCAGAAACUGGAGAAUCUUACCGUUCUCGAUCUUUCAUACAAUAACCUGUCUAUUGACUCAAGCUUUACUAAUCUUCCGUUGCCUUUGUUGCCUCGCUUCCCCAAUGUAGCCCAGUUGAACUUGGCUUCUUGCAACUUAACGAAAUUCCCUGAUUUCUUGAAGAACAUAUCCAAUUUUUCCUUCCUAGACCUUUCAAACAACCGAAUUCAUGGAAAAAUUCCCAGUUGGAUUUGGAAAACUGAUCUUCAGCAUCUAAAUCUUUCUCUCAACUUUUUUGUAGAACUUGAUAGACCUUCGCACAUAAAUCCAUAUACGACUGUGCUUGACCUUCAUGGCAAUCUGCUUCAGGGGGAAAAACCGUUUUUUCCACCAUAUGCUAGCUACCUAGAUUACUCAAACAACAAUUUCAGAUGUGUUAUACCACCUGAGAUUGGUGACUUCCUCCAGACUGCUGUUUUCUUCUCGCUCUCGGGAAACUAUUUUCAUGGGAGAAUCCCCGAGUCCAUAUGCAACAUUCCAUCUCUUGUAGCACUUGAUCUAUCUAAUAAUUCUCUGAGCGGGUCAAUUCCUCAAUGCCUGAUGACGCAGAUGCGUGAGCAUUUUGGAGUUCUGAAUCUGAAGCAAAACUAUCUCAGCGGUAUCAUUCCUGACACAUUUCCAGAAAACUGCUUAUUACAAACUCUAGAUCUCAAUCAAAACCGACUGGUUGGAAAGAUUCCAAAAUCUUUAGCCAAAUGCAGAAUGUUAGAGGUAUUAGACCUUGGGAAAAAUCGAAUUAACGACACAUUUCCUUGCCAUUUGAAGAGCACAUCCAAGCUGCGUGUUCUUGUUUUACGGUCAAACAGCUUUAGAGGAGAUGUUUAUUGUCGAGGGAACAAUGUCACCUGGCCUAUGCUUCAGAUUAUUGACUUGGCUUCCAACUCUUUUAGUGGUAAACUACCGCAAGAAUUGUUGAUGACCUGGAAUUCCAUGAAGGCCAACAAAAAUGAACCCUAUUCAGAGUACGUCCGACAUGAAAUCCUGAAACUCAGUGAUUUUUAUUUUCAAGAUUCAGUGGCAGUUACCAUGAAAGGUCGAGAGUUGGAGCUGGUGAAAAUCCUAACUAGCUUCACCUCCAUUGACCUUUCUUCUAAAAAAUUUGAAGGGCAUGUAUCUGAAGCAAUAGGGGAUUUCAAAGCAUUAUACUUGCUUAACUUGUCAAAUAAUGCGCUCACCGGUCCGGUCCAGUCGUUUUUAGGAAACUUGCCAAAGCUUGAAGCCUUAGACCUUUCAAGCAACAACCUAACUGGGCAGAUUCCUUUGCAGCUAGCAAACUUAAAUUUCUUAUCAUUCCUCAAUCUCUCCAACAAUAAAUUGACUGGAAUGAUCCCAUUAGGCACUCAGAUUCAGUCGUUUUCGGAAGCUUCAUUCGAAAACAAUGCAGGACUAUGUGGACUCCCAUUGGAGGUACAAUGUGAAACCCCUCCAACUUCAAAAGAAGGCCCUUCAAAUCCAGGGAAUGGUAAUCACAUCGAAUGGAAUUUCAUAAGUGUUGAGAUAGGAUUUGUGUUUGGAAUAGGAGUUGUGAUUUUACCUCUUAUGUUUUGGAAGAGAUGGAGGAUAGGGUAUUAUAAGCGCACUGAUGGUGUUGUUUAUAAGUUAUUCCCUAAGCUGGAUCCCAGAAACAGAAAUCAUCGUACUAUAUCUCUGUUUUAA